GAUGUUCUCAUCGACCAGCAAGCCAAGUUAGCUGACCUCAGCAUCUACUCCAAAGUGCCCACUAAGCCAGGUCUUGCCACGCCCCUUCUUACGCACCCAUCCUUCAACAAACCCGCGUCUCCACCAUGGUUCAGUUUGCCAUGAUCACGCGUCUGAAGGACGGUCUCCCGUUAUCAGCCACCACCGACCACGAGCCGAGCGAGGCAGUUCUAACAAGCAAGAAAUAUGCCAAGCUCAUUUCCAAGAGAGCUUCCCGUUUUCCCGACCGAUGCUCAUUAUUCACAGGCAGCCACUGGCUACACCUUAUUUCAUCUCUGGGCGUCUGUUUCAUCAUGAUGUGCGAGGAGAACUACCCUACAGUCUUGGCAUUCUGUUUCUUGGAUGAGAUUCAGCGAAGCUUCAUUUCGACGUACGACGGCAAACGAGUGGCAAACUGCCGACGACCUUACGCCCUCAUUGAAUUCGAUACCGUAAUCAAGAAAACCAAGCAACGUUUUAACAACACACGGACGCUACAGACCAAGAUCAACCUGACCAACAUGUCGCAGGAGGUUAAGCUCCGCCCCCCACAUCGCAUCACCAUCGAGGAACUCGGCCCGUUACCCGGCGAUAAUCAUGCGCAAGAACGGAACGGGGUAGGGGCUCAUGUGUAUCGCCCUCCCGCCGCCAACCAUGAGCAGUUUAUCCCCUUGAAUUGGCUCGGCAAGCUGGCCUUGUCUCUGUGUCUUCUCUGCUGUGUUCUCAACUUGAUACGAAUCGGGAGAAUUAUAAACGCUGGACCCAUGAUACUAGACGAUGCUAUCCACUACACAGCCACAUCAGCGGGUCUCUUCCUUGCCUCCAGUCUUCUAGGACUCCUCCAAUGUUUCCUUCUUGUCUACCGAACCUCUUGGAGGACCUCAAAGAACCUCCUGGCCCUACUCUGCCUAGCAUCCGUGGAGGGAUACCUCUUUCUUCACGCUUACCGCUACGGUCUGACAUCCAUCUUCACCGUCCUGGCCGCUGUGCUAGCUGCAUGGAGGAUCCAUACGCGGACCGUGCCGCCCAAGUUACCAGACUAUACUGUUUGAUGAGGUGCUCGCGCAAACAUCACACAAACAUUUGAGAACAACUCAGCGUGAAUUUUUCAACAAACUCUACUGUGCUGCAGCAGAUAUACUCGUCAUUCCUGUGCAAAUUGACAAAGUUUUCAGUAAAAUGCUCAAAUGCAAGAUUGUAGAGGUAUGAAGUAGAAAGCAAAAGCUGAGGUUUUAUACGUCCCCCCCCCCCCAAAGAAAAUAGUUGGCUUGAGGUUUUGCACCUUCUUUUGGCAGUUACUGACAGGCAUUAAGUCAUUGUUGCAUUGUUGAUGCCCGACAUUGAGUAAAACUGUCCUUGGUCGGUUGCCUGGUAACUAAGCAAUGUUUUGUAACCAUGGUGAACAGCAGCCAAUAAGAUCCAUUGGAUGUUAAAACCAAUGAACUUUACUUUGUCUUCAAAGGAAAGUUAAUUGUUUUUGGAAGGGGGAUAUAUACUCCAUUGGCCAAUCCAUUUUUCCAGUUACUGUGUCACAUAUUUGUAUACAUAUAGAAGUAUUGACCAUUAAGCACAAAUUGUAAAUAGGCAACUUUAAUUGGACCACCUUAUUAAGAUUUCACAGCAAGAAAUGUAAACCUUUUUUAACACUUUAUUGUACCUGUUAAUUCUUAUAUUUGUAUACAUGUACAUGUUUACCAACCUAACCCAUCCUCUUAAAAUAAACACUUGUUGUCUGGAGCUUGGUGUGCUAAAACCAGGUAAAACUCUACGAAAGGGUAAAAUAAUGAUACUUUACUAAUUGAAAAGUUAUGUACUAUUACGAAUGGUGCUAAACCUUUUUAAAAUAGUAUAAAUACAGAUUUUGUAAAAUUGACAAACGUCCUGGCAGUAUUGUAAGGUCUACAGUAGUAUGCUGUAUAACAAGUUCUUAAUAUGUAACUAAACUAGGGUAAUGACUAAUGAAAAUAAAACAACAUUCUCUAGGCUAAUUAAUCAUUUAUUCCAGUUUUGGAAAAGUUUUAUCAAAAAUCUGAAACUCAUCUUAAUUCAAGCAGAAAUGUUAGUUUUAUUGUAUUUAUUGAGUAAGGAUUAAAUUUACAGAUAUAUUUUUGUCUUUAUGUAAGACUAAAAGA